CUACAAGAAAGUUUUACAUAAGAUAUCAGACAUGCUUCGAAAGUCAUCUUCUACAAGAAUGUCAAGAAGUCCACAAUCACACUGCACACAGGACGAGUAUAUUGUUUGCUUUCCCCAAAAAAAUUCAAUUUAUCUUUCCAUCUGUUCUUGAUUAGUGUGAACCUCAAAAAUUCCCAGGUUUUUCAUGAUCCCAAAAUGAUGUGGGCUCUUCUUUUUAAACGAACGUGUUAGUUUUAGUCUUCCAGACGCAAAUUUUCUUCAAACUCUUUGUCAUUCCCCUUCAUUUGAUUCCACUUUAAUCGCAAUUUCGGAUUCUGGGUUUACUUCAAAUUCCAAUUUCUUGAAUUGGGCAACUUUAGUUUUUCUCAGACUAUAUUCCUUUUCCUUCAAGCAUUACGUCGAACACGUAAAUGGCGUCUUUAAAUUCACUCCGUUUUAUGGUUGAAACAAGGUGUUCACUUCAUAACUCAAAUGGAUCGCAUCUCUUAUCAUGUCAGCGCAGAAAACCUGUUAAUGGUGGUGGUUUCCUUAAAUUUAUGGACCAUAAUAGUAAUGGGAGAUUAUCUUUAUACUGUGUGAAAUCAGUGAGUGGGUGUAGAAGAAGUAAUUCGAUGAGAUAUAAUCGUUUGAAGGCAAUUGGGGAUGAUUUAAAUGAAGGUGAACAUAGCAAAGAAGAUAAAGAUGAAAAUGAAGAUGCUAUUGAUGCUACAAUUGAGAAGAACAAUAAGGUUUUAGCUAUGCAGAAAGAGCUUUUACAACAGAUUGCUGAACGGAAAAAGCUAGUUUCAUCUAUAAGAAAUAGUGUAAUCAACUCCGAUGAUGCACCAGCUGACAAAGCUUACAACUCUCAAAAUGAUGCUCUUGGUGCAAACCAAACACUUGUAAAAAAUGAGUAUGACAUUAGUACUGGUGCUGCAAGACAAUCUGAUUCAGCUUCCAGCAAGGUAAACGCAGACCAGCUGCAAGUUCCACUAAGUUUGCUAAAAGAGAAAAGUGGACAAACGAAAUCAGCAUUGGAAAUGUCAAAUCUUGAUUCGUCUCAGCCAAAAGAGGUCUUGACCAAGGCGACAGAAACUGACUCCUCCAUAUCAAAUGGAAGCCCAAUUGUUGGAAAAAGAGAAAUGAAAACUAUUGGAAGUUUACCACGUGAGGCAAGUGCCAAUGGCGUAGAUACAUCAAGCACCAAUAAAUCUUCUAGCAUCAAGGAUAGAGAGGAAAAAAAAUUAGGAGAAUCAUACUUCAAGGAGCUGAGUGAGCUGGUGAACGACGCUGCUGUUGAAGAUGAUAAGCCUCCUCCUCUUGCUGGCCAAAAUGUGAUGAAUGUUAUCUUGGUUGCUGCUGAAUGUGCACCUUGGUGUAAAACAGGUGGGCUUGGAGAUGUUGCUGGCGCCUUGCCGAAAGCUUUGGCUCGGCGAGGGCAUCGAGUAAUGGUUGUGAUACCUCGAUAUGCUGAAUAUGCUGAUUGUCAAUAUACAGGAGUGAGGAAAAGAUACAAAGUGGCUGGUCAGGAUAAUGAAGUAUUAUAUUUCCAUACGUACAUUGAUGGUGUGGACUUUGUAUUCAUUGAAGCCCCAAUGCUUCGAAAUCUUGGGAAAGAUAUAUAUGGAGGAAAUAGGCUGGACAUUUUGAAGCGUAUGAUUCUAUUCUGUAAGGUGGCAGUUGAGGUUCCUUGGCAUGUUCCUUGUGGAGGCGUGUGCUAUGGUGACGGAAAUUUGGUAUUUAUUGCAAAUGAUUGGCAUACUGCACUCCUUCCUGUGUAUUUAAAGGCAUACUAUCGCGACAAUGGACUGAUGAAGUACACAAGAUCAGUGCUUGUUAUCCACAACAUAGCUCAUCAGGGCCGGGGUCCUGUAGAUGACUUCAGUUAUGUGGAUCUUCCUCCACACUACCUUGAUUACUUCAAGUUGUAUGAUCCUGUGGGUGGAGAGCAUUUUAAUAUUUUUGCUGCUGGUCUCAAGGCUGCUGAUCGUAUUUUGACCGUUAGUCAUGGGUAUGCCUGGGAGUUGAAAACUCAAGAGGGUGGUUGGGGUUUGCAUGGGAUCAUUAACGACAAUGAUUGGAAAUUGAGAGGCAUAGUGAAUGGUAUCGAUGUGACAGAAUGGAACCCGGAAUUGGAUCUUCAUUUACAAUCUGAUGGUUACACUAACUAUUCGCUCGACACACUUAAACCCGGCAAAGCACAGUGCAAGGCAGCUUUACAGAAUGAGCUCGGUUUACCUGAUCGUGAGGAUGUUCCAUUGAUUGGUUUCAUUGGGAGGCUAGAUGGUCAGAAAGGUGUUGACAUCAUUGCAGAAUCAAUUCCGUGGUUAAGCAGCCAAGAUGUGCAGCUAGUCAUGUUAGGUACCGGGAGGCCUGACCUAGAACAAAUGCUCAGGGAGUGUGAGAGUCAAUACCCAGAUAAAAUAAGGGGAUGGGUUGGGUUUUCUGUAAAGACAGCCCACCGGAUCACAGCUGGCGUAGAUAUUUUGCUCAUGCCUUCAAGAUUUGAGCCUUGUGGGCUUAACCAGUUAUAUGCAAUGCAUUACGGAACAAUUCCAGUCGUUCAUGCUGUUGGUGGACUGAGAGAUACGGUCCAACCUUUUGACCCGUAUAACAAUACAGGCUACGGCUGGACAUUUGACCGGGCUGAAGCAAACCGCUUGAUUGAUGCUUUAGGAAACUGUUUAUUAACUUACCGUCAAUACAAGGAGAGUUGGGAAGGUCUCCAAACACGCGGAAUGACUCAAGAUCUUAGUUGGGACCAUGCUGCUGAGAUUUAUGAGGAAGUCCUUGUUGCUGCUAAGUACCAGUGGUGACCAUUUACUUGCUCACGCCUCUAGUUCAGCUCAGGUACUCUGUCGCUACACUGAUUCGGCUGAAGUCGGUACCUUCUCUAUAGGGAAGAACUUCUGUAUUUAUAUGUAUGUUUCUGGUUGUAAUCUCGAGUGUAAUCUCUUGUUGAGAUGCUGCAAAAUAGUAGAUGAUAGUGGAAGCAAUAAAUGUAUACAAGGAGCAUUUUGUAGUAAUAUGUAUAUAAUAGUGCUGGCUAUGGUGAAUUGCACCCUUGGUGAUC